UUUCGACCUGGCCACGAUUCAUGGUGUUUAUAAAUAAAUAUAUAUUUUGUCAGGACUGAAUCAAUAUUCUGCACUAGUUUGGGUCAUUUGUAAUUAGUUAGUAAACUAGUCAACAAAGAUGAAAGUAAUAUUAGCCAUUGUUUUACUGGUCACUGUCUCAGCUUUACCCAGCCAGAAGAAGGCGUGUGUAGAUGAAUGCACGCCCCCUGGCACACAACACACCAUGGGAACUCUGUUCGUCCUCCCCAAGUCAUGCCCCUCCUCAAGACAGUUUUGUUACACUGACGGAUGUAAUCACUAUUGUCUGGAUUUGUCAGGGAUGAUCAAAAGAACAGAAGCCAAGAGACAAGAAUGUUCCCAGGUCAUGUGCUUGAUGUUCUGUUUCAACGGAUUUGUCAAAGGAGCAGACGGAUGUCCAAUCUGUAGAUGUGCCGAGUGAUUCAGUGAUUCAGUGAAAUCUUCGUUCAUUCAUCUCUUAAUAUCUCCAAACUAAAACAUUGUCAUCGAAUUAAACAUUUUAUUUUUGGGACCUUU